GGCUUCUUACCAGACUGCAGACUUCAGCUCCCACAAUACGAACUCUAUCAUCAUCCAAUUCCUUUUCUCCAAACAUUCCAAGCUGUUUGUGGAAACUGGGCCGACUUAAUCACGUAGCAAUUGCAGUACCUGAUUUGGAGAAAGCUCAGUCCUUGUAUAAAGAUGUGUUAGGAGCACAGGUGAGCGAGACUGUUGCUCUUCCCGAACAUGGUGUCUACACAGUUUUUGUGGAGCUGGGAAAUACCAAGCUGGAACUUCUACAUCCUUUAGGAGAGAAAAGUCCCAUUGCAAGCUUUCUGCAAAAAAACAAGACUGGAGGAAUGCAUCAUAUCUGCAUCGAGGUUGAUGACAUAAAAGCGGCUAUGACAGAACUGAAGAAAAAAAAGAUACGAAUAUUGAGUGAAGAGCCAAAAAUAGGUGCACAUGGCAAACCUGUGAUUUUUCUUCACCCUAAAGAUUGCCAUGGAGUCCUUGUGGAACUUGAGCAAGCCUGAGCUGUAAUAUUCAUAAAUAAAACACUAGAUUAGUUGUGAAGUUACUGAGCUGGUGCUGGGAAUAUUGAUGUGGUAUUCAUUACAAGUUCAGUGUAGUUCCUGUGGAUUAAGUACAGCUUUUGAGUACUGAAAUAGUGCUACAGAUGUAGGGUAAUUUUCUUUUUUUUGUUGAUCUGAUUUUCAGAAUUAAUAUGUUGACAUUUCUUGAAUUCUCUGUGAUUCUCAAAACAAAUACAUGAGCCAAAUUACAUACGUAACAUAGUAAUUUAUGUUCUGUUACCUCAUGUUUGCAGCAUGAUUUUACCUCUGUAACCACAGAAACUACCGUUUCUAGGUCAACCCACAUUAUUUUGUUCUACAUUUCAGAGCAGAGACCCACUUCUCAGUGACAACAAUACAGCUUAGACAUUCUCUUUAGAAAUAAAGGAAAA